AUGUUGGACUUGCUGAACCCCGACGGCGCCUGGAGCAAGGUUGGUGACACGUUGCGCUCCGGACGGCUGGACGCAGUGGCUACAGUUCUCCACGGUGGCAAGACGCUGCUGAUCUUCGGUGGGCACGAUGGCUCACAACUGAAUGAGUUUGGAGAUCCCGCAGGAGGCUACGCACCGCCUUCCGACUCCCUGGCUGUGCGCCUGCGUGCCGACGGCAGCGUUGCGGCAGCCAGAUACGCUGGCAAGCACGCGGGAAAUCAGACCAGCUCCUCAUCGCUGAUCGUGUUGCGCGACCCCGACCGAGUGCUCGCACUGGGGCCCGGGAUGGACGAAGCGGUGGAUCGCGCACGGACUCUGACUGCUUUGCGGCUCAGCUGGAAGGAAGGCUCGGAAGAACCCGAAGACUUGGAUGCCUUGCAGCUGACCUCUGGCUGA